AUGUGCAAGCAUAUUUCUGGCUUCGCCUGCUGCAGCAUGGCUGUUGGGGGCGGUGUUCUGGCGCCGUCGACGGCGGGGACGCAGAUCAUCCACUUGGUUUCCCGCCUUGUCGUGGGUGUGCGGCUCCACGGCACUAUCGCCGCUCUCAAUCUGCGAGGCUGCGGCCAGCUGAAGUGCCGCCCGUUUCUCUGCUACUUUGCUGAGACGUUGCGCCGCCUUCGCUGCGACGUGAUGCUUUUCCUUCCUGUCGCUGCCAGCAUGGGGACACGGGAGCUGGAGCAGCUCAACGACACGGAGUUUCCGUGCAGCUACCGCAUGGUGAAUGACCCGACGUCGGGGACGGUGGCGGGGGCAGAAGCGGUCGGGCGGCGCGGGCGAACUUCAAGGACCCGCUUUGCCGCAUAG